AUGUCGUCAAAGGGGGUCCAUAAAAAAAGCAAAUCAUCCGAUGCUACAAAAAAGCUAGCCGAAAAGAUAAAGAAACAAGCUUUACUCAAGCAGAAGCAAUUACAAGAGUCAAAAGAAUCGUCACAAGAAGUAGAAGGUGAUAAAAAGGGAAGUACAUCUGCAGCACCCACCACGGAGACUACUGUAGACCCCGAUGCUGAACUUAAAUUCAACACCUUUGCUGAACUAAAUCUAGUUCCAGACUUGCUUGAAGCUAUUCAACAGAUGAAAUUCACCAAACCCACCCCAAUUCAAUCCGAAGCCAUACCCCAUGCCCUCGAAGGGAAGGAUAUCAUUGGCUUAGCAGUUACUGGUUCGGGUAAAACAGCCGCAUUUGCCAUUCCAAUCUUGCAAGCCCUCUGGCAUGCACAAACACCGUACUUUGGUUUAGUCCUUGCGCCAACCAGAGAGUUGGCAUUUCAAAUAAAAGACACGUUUGACGCACUCGGUGCUACAAUGGGACUAAGAUCGGUGUGUAUUGUUGGUGGAAUGGAUAUGAUGGACCAGGCACGGGAAUUGAUGAGAAAACCCCACAUUGUAGUUGCAACUCCGGGAAGAAUAAUGGAUCAUUUGGAACAUACCAAAGGGUUUAGCUUGAAGAAUUUGAAGUAUCUUGUCAUGGAUGAAGCUGACAGAUUGUUGGACAUGGACUUUGGACCAGCAUUGGAUAAAAUUUUGAAGGUGAUCCCACCGAAGCGGACAACAUACUUGUUCUCGGCAACAAUGACGAGUAAGAUUGAAAAGUUGCAAAGAGCAAGUUUACACAAUCCAGUCAGGGUUGCCGUGUCGACAAAGUACCAGACGGCUGACAAUUUAGUGCAAUCGAUGAUGUUGGUCAAUGAUGGGUACAAGAAUACUAUUUUGAUUCAUUUGUUGAAUGAGUUUAUGGGAAAGUCAACUAUAGUGUUUACAAGAACCGUGGCGCAUGCUCAAAGAACAGCAUUGUUGGCACGAAUAUUGGGAUUCAAUGCCGUUCCCUUACAUGGUCAAUUAUCACAAGCUCAAAGAUUAGGUUCCUUGAAUAAAUUCAAGUCCUCCAAAGCCAACAUUUUGGUUGCUACCGAUGUAGCAGCAAGAGGUUUGGAUAUACCCCUGGUCGAUCUCGUCAUCAACUAUGAUAUUCCAACGGACUCGAAAGCGUACAUUCACAGAGUAGGAAGAACGGCGAGGGCGGGAAGGUCAGGUAAAUCCAUCUCCUUGAUCACACAAUACGACUUGGAAAUGUACUUGCGAAUUGAGAAUGCAUUGGGAAAGAAGCUUCCGAAAGAAGAUAAACCGCCAAAAGAAGUACUCGAUGCGUUGCACAUUCACGUAGAUAAAGCUACUGCUGAGGCUAUCAGACAGACAAAGGAAAUACACGACAAGCGAGGCAAAAGAAGAAGAGAUGAUGAUCGUGAAGAAAGGUAA